AUGCCUUUAAUGAAAUCCCUUCCUGCUCGUAAGCUGAGCUUAGAUGACUGCCAGAAGCUGACAGAAUUCGCAAGCGUUCACGGGAGAAUAGUCAGGCAGACGUCCGUGCGCCAAGAAACAACUAUGGCGGAGGCAGGAACUUCACCACCCGCUUGUUAUCAUCAAACCAGUUUGCGAGUUCACAGGGUGAUGCUUAGACUAGGUAGUAACCACGACGAAUCGGACGCUCCCCCUCAGCCCGUCGAAUCAAACUCUGCAGACAGUGAUGAAAGUGAAGAUGAAGUUGAAGAUAUUGAAUUCGACUCGGACGAAAGUGACGGGAAUGACUGUGUCGAGGAUGGAGCAAGGCUCCAUAACUACGAUAAACCGCAGUUAUCCUCUGAAACUCUUUUUCAAGUUGGACGC